UACUACCAAAAGCCACACUGAACAGCUGUUGUUUGUGAGACCGUGAGACGUGUGAGGGGGCCAUGGUGACUAGGUUGCUGUUCAGUGUGGCUUUUGGUAGUACUUGGUUUGGGAGGUGGGGAUACACGUUUCUACGUGGAAGCUAUGGAGUAUCGAGAGAUACCUACACGACUGCUAUUGAGUCCCUUGGGUCUCAUCCAUUGACUGAGGUUGAAGAAAUUGUAGAAAAAUACAAGAAGUCCCUUACUCCCCUAGAGUGCAUGAAAGAUUUAUUAUCUUUCAUGCUGCAGAUGAGGUGUGGCACGAGAGGCCGAAAGAAAAUGGAUCUAAAUAAAGAUUUGUGGACGGUGUAUGAUAAGGUUUUAAUGAGGAGGAAAAAUCACGUCCAGACCAUCUUGAAUUGCAAAGUCUUUUGCAAGGAAAUCCCGUUGAGGCAAAUGUCAGCUGAAUGUUUAACAGUUACCUUUGUGGUGAGAGAUGCAGAUGACAAUGAGUUGCCGGGAAUGGUUGGCUGCGAGUGUACCACACUCCCCGUAAAUGAUGUGGCUGAUUUAAAGGGUCGAGUUACUCGUUUAAUUCAAGAUACAUAUCAUGCACUCUCCAAUUUCACCAUCACCGAAAUGGAAGGAGAGGGAACGGAUGAAUUGAAAGAGAAUAUGUGGGUGAAGGGUGAUGGGGCAGACAUGGAUUGCAACUAUGUAGCUGAAGGUGGACGGGGAUGGCUAGUGACUUGUAUCUGUGGAGCAGAGGAUGAUGAUGGAGAGGAUAUGGUUGAGUGUGAUACCUGCAAGAAAUGGAAGCACAUCGAGUGCCUCAUUAAUGAUGGUUUUAAACUUGAAGAUAAUGCUGGUUUUAUUUGUUUGGAAUGUACGACCCCAAGGCAUUGAGGAGAAAAUUGGAACGGCAUGGUGGAGUCGCUGAGUGUGCAGGGAUUCUUGUUUGGAGACUCUCAUUGCAUAAUUGACUAAACUUAGUUCUGUACUUUUAAUUAGAAGAUUGGUCCAUACUGUACGCUUGAAUGUGUUGGAUUAGAGAGCCAGGAUGCAUCUUGUAGUUGCCUCGUUUGUUGUUUGUUUUUACGUUACCUUGUCACAUGAGGCAUCAAUGGCUCAUUUGUUGCAAGCUACAUUUAUAAUUGUAUUAGCACUACCCCUUAGUCACAAGUUGUUAAACCUUCGUAUUUUGGCUCUUGAUCUAGUCUACGCAUGAAUGCAAAGUAUGCAGCCAUUAGUUGGUUGACGAUCAAAAGCAUAUGGUGCAGCCAAUGAAUUCUGGAAAGAUCGAUCUCUGUAGAGAGUGAAUGUUUUGUUAUUUUUCUACUUUUCAUUUUGUUAAUGGAAAUUUCUGUAGAGCCAGAGCGUUGGCAUUGUGUGUGUACUUACUCUUCUUAAUAUUACUAUAUUCAACUUGUUAAGUACAAUUGACAGAGGAGGCAAAGAAACUCAAGGAUGCAAUGACGCAUGAAAACCGUUGGACAUUAACAACGAGCCAUUGCGCAUCACAGACCGCUGGACAGAUUGUCUCAUUUAUGAGAUAAUGUCACACUUCGUUGUUGACAUUACAGUAUUUGAAUAUGCAAGUUCCUUUCAAGAUUUAGGGAACAUAAUUCAAUAAAAACAAAACAAAAAACAAAAAUGGUACACAAUACAAGCAAGCCCCAAGAGUUGGGUCCUGGUCUCGUUUCGUUUGUCUUUCCUAUAGCACAACAGUUAGGCUGAUGUAGUAGAUUGUGGAGAUUGAGAGAGAAGGCUGCAAGCUGAAUAUUGCCGAACUUGCCUUCCUCCGUUGCUAGCCUAGAAAAUAAAAUAAAAGGGAAAUUCAAGUAACAGUCUUCGCCAUACACUGCAACAAGACAACGGAAGCACAAACAAGGUGCACUGGUUUGGAUAAGUGAUGAAUAUGUAGUUUCUGCCUCGAGGGAUUUAGGGGUCUGAUCAAGCUGUCAAUUUGCUUUGCGAGAUCAUAUCUCGAUAUCUGUGCCACUUCUCGUCUCUCUGGAAACCAGGAAGAACAGAUCUAAAUUGAGGAGCACUAGUGCAUUCCAAACAGCAGCAUCCUCUUAAAUCUUAACCUCAUUAUCAUUACAAGGCAUAAUUAGGAAAAAGUAAUGCAUAUACCUUCAUGGCUACGUUUGACAACUAUUAUUGUAGCUAAGGAGACUUGGGUUUUGCUACCAUUUAUAGUCAAUCAUGUUCACCUCU